AUGACCGAGGGCCUGCAGGUGCCCUUGGCACCCGAGGAUGGCCUUGCAGCAUUGAAGAGCCGCGUGGCGGGCGCCUUCAACCUCUCAGCACCGUUUGACCUCAUGGGUCCUGAGGGACGCUUGAAGACCGACGAGGACGCAGCUCAAGCAGCCAUGAAGGAGGGCGAGCUGUGUGUGAGCACCAGCGAGGAGGCCCUGCUGGACCUGGAGCGUGCACGGGAAGAAUCGGGUGUCCUCCGCUGGGCCUUGUUGCGGCAGAUCCUCGGGGAGCUUCGAACCCAGCACGCCGAGACGGCGCACAAGCAAGCGGAGGGGAAGCACCAGGCAGUGCUACUGGAACAGCAGCUUUCACGUGAGAGGAGCAUGAGAGAGGCGGUGCAGGGUGCCUUGAAGAACGAAUUGGUUGAGCUGAAAGAUGCCAUGGCCUUGGAAGUCCACAAGCUCCGCCAGGAGUCCCAGAAGGGCUUGGAGGAGACUGCAAGAUUGGACUGA